AUAAAAAGGAGAGCGACCAGACAGACCACCGCCACCAUCUCGUCUUGCCAACCUGCUUUGAGGCGUGAUGUCGACGCGAGGUCCAAGCAUGAGCGUCUUACCGCCCGUUCGCAAGGAUCGCAUCAUUCCGCAGUUUCCUCAGUGUUUCUGUGAAGAUGCGGCGCUCCAGGCAGGGCGCGACUUCAACCCCAAAGUGAAGGCAGCGUGCCAGCAGCAGCGCACCGGCACGGUCGGGUACGUUGGCGGGCAAGAAAGACGACGCGAGCGGCGACCUGAUGCCUCUUGUCUCGUCCUUUCCCGCAGGUUUAAAAUUGCCAAGGUGAUUGUGGUGGGCGACUUGGCGGUGGGCAAAACCUGCCUGAUUAACAGGUUUUGCAAGGACGCUUUUGACAAGAACUACAAGGCCACCAUCGGCGUGGAUUUCGAGAUGGAGCGCUUCGAGGUGCUCGGCGUCCCUUUUAGCCUGCAGCUGUGGGAUACGGCCGGUCAGGAGAGGUUCAAGUGCAUCGCCUCCACCUACUACAGGGCAGCGCAGGUGGUGAUUAUCGUGUUUGACGUGACCGACGUCGCGUCUUUGGAUCACACCAGGCAGUGGCUGGAAGAUGCCCUGAGAGAGAACGACCCCACGGCAGUUCAACUCUUUCUGGUGGGCACCAAGAAAGACCUGAGCUCUCCGGCUCAGUACUCGCAGAUUGAGCGAGACGCCCUCCAGGUGGCGGGGGAGAUGCGAGCCGAGUAUUGGGCGCUGUCGUCGCUCACAGGGGAGAACGUGAAGGAGUUCUUCUUCCGGGUGGCGUCGCUGGCGUUUGAAAACAACGUCCUGGCCGAGCUGGAGAAGAGCGGGACCAGGCAAAUAGGCAACAUCGUCAAAAUCCAGAGCGCCGGCGGCCAGCCGUCCAAGAAGAGGAAGCAGCCGGCCUGCUGUCAGUGAAAAAGGGCCAGAGGGAGGGAGGGAGGGAGGGAGGGAACGGAAAGGCCUCGUCUCGUGGGUGGCCUUUUCCUGGCCCGUUAACACCAUGUUGCCUCCUGCGGCGGCGGCGGCGGCAGCGGGCAGUGCAGGGCAGUGCUAACAAACUCUGUCUGGACCCAAAUGCAUUUGCAGGCCGUCGAGUGUCACUCGACAGCCACACAGCGAGCGCCGGGUGCCCAAAGUGACGUGGCCGCCAUCACAGCGUCCGCCGGUGCUCGUCCUCAAGUAUUUCAACAGCAACCACUAGUGCCGAGCCGUUUUUCAUUGUCUGCAUUCACGCAAACUGCCGCCAGCCAGAAUGCCAAAGAAAUUCAUACUUAGUUAACGGAUUUGCUGCGGGCAUUUUUGCUUUCCCAUUCCUUCUUCAGAUUUGCUGCCAGUGAUAGCAAGAAGGGCUUUGUCGCUGUCUCGCGAAAAGGAUGCAAACUUUGUGCGUUGCCAACGAGUGUUAAAAAUGCGUGCAAAAGUUG